AUGGCAUCCGAGAAAAAUAUCAUGAUGGUUGAUUUCGAAGGGGACCACCCUCAUGACUGGCCACAGUCUCGGAGAUGGCUUAUCAUGGUCACUGUGGCUAUUCCAUUAUUCUUAAUGCCUCUUUCUUCAACCAUCACGACUCCCGCGGAAGGGGCUAUUGCUGCCGAAUUCAAUGUCACAUCCUCUGUCGCCGGACCGCUUGCACUGUCCUUGUUCCUUCUCAUGUACUGCCUUGGACCUAUCCUUCUUGGUCCUUUGAGUGAACUUUAUGGACGAUUGCCAGUGUUACAGGCAGGAAACUUAUUCUACUUUGCCUUCAACCUUGCUGCUGGCUUCUCGAAAAGCAUGCCGCAGCUUUUGCUAUUUCGUUUACUGAGCGGAACGGGUGCGAGUGCCUCAUUAGCGGUUGGAGCGAGUAUGAUUGGAGAUGUCUUUCGGAAGGAAGAGCGAGGGCUCCCCGUAGCUCUGGUCAGCAUGGGCCCGGUGCUGGGAUCUUGCCUAGGUCCCAUAGUUGGUGGUUUCAUCGCCGACUACUCCACCUGGCGUUGGGCAUUCUACGCAACAUCUAUUGCAUCAGGGGCAUUCCUGGUCUUAUGCGCCAUUAUGGCACGAGAGAGUUACGCUCCAGUUCUCCUUCAGCGCAAGAAGGAAAAGAAAAUGAAGGAAUACAUUGGAGAAAAAGACGGAGCCAAGCCAGUCUGGAAGACUCUAUAUGAGAAAGAAAAUGAGACUCUUGGUCAGCGCUAUCGACGAACACUCUUUCGAUCCCUAUACUUCCUCUGCACUCAGCCCAUUGUACAGGCCCUGGCUUGUUAUUAUGGAUACCUCUAUGGGAUUGUGUAUCUGCUUCUUUGCAGUUUCUCCAACCUAUGGAAAGAUCAAUACCAUAUGAAGCUCAGCAUAGGCACGCUCAACUAUAUUGCGCCUUGCAUUGGCUAUCUAUUUGGAGCAGCCGUUUGUGCAUUCCUUACCGACCGGGUCUAUCGAUACCAAGUGGCAAGGAACCGUGGUGUCGGCAAACCUGAAUUCCGCCUCCCAAUGAUGGUCCCAGCAUCCUUGCUCGUACCAAUCGGCCUUUUGUGGUUUGGAUGGAGUGCGGAGUACAAGGCACACUGGAUCAUUCCUGACCUUGGUAUUGCGCUGCCACUGAUGGGUGCUACUGUUGUUUUCCAGUGUGUCAGUGCUUAUCUUUUGGAUACUUUCCCGGUGUAUGCCGCGAGCGCAAAUGGAGCAGUGUAUAUUUUGCGGGGAUUGACAGGGUUCGGGUUUCCCCUCUUCAGCCCAGAGAUGUACUCAGCCUUGGGAUAUGGAUGGGGAAACAGCAUUUUGGCAUUGCUAGCACUGGUUGUUGGGUGCCCUAUUCCGUUUAUAUUGUGGAAGUAUGGGGAGAAGUUCCGAGCCAGGAGCAGUUAUGCGGAUCAUGCGAAGUAG